UCGUCAUUGGGAAAAAUAAAAACUUUUACGCUGUCCAAAAGGAAUCUAUUCAAAUCUGAACAAUUAACAUAUUUCUGUUUCGGUGCUUAGCUGCUCGUUAUGGAACCACAGACUGCCAUUAUUAGAUCAACAUCCAGCUGCAGCUCGAGUGCGUCUUCCAGUGACAAGAUGAAUUACGCACUGCAAGUAGCUUUGCAAACAAUGAAAGAGCGUUGUAUACAGCUGCAACAGCGUGUGUCGAGUAUGGAAGAGGAGAACCAACGACUGCGAGAUGAAUCUCAUAUAAAACAGGUUCCAAUUGUUGGCAGUAAUAAUGUGUUAUUAUUGCAAUCACAAGUAGACGAACUGCAACGGCAAAAAGAGCAGCUGUUGGAGCAGAUCAGUAUGGUGUCUGAUGAGAACCGUAGACUUUGGUCGAGUCUUUCGAAAAUAUCUAAAGAUCAGCCACAUGCAACAGAAGAUGUUUAUACAAUAAAUAGUACCGCCAGUCCCUUAAUUGCUACCAAUCAGAACCUAAUCCGCUCUAAGACAUUUACACAGCACUCGCCAAAUCCACACUUGCGUCAAAAGGUAAUUACAGACGUAAGUUUUGAAGAGAUAGUACUAGCUGACUUUGAGACGAACAAAGCGAAAAUUGGCUAUCCCUGUGAGCUAAACGUAUACGACGCAAGUAACGUAAGCGAGACGGAUAACAACUUUGAUGCCAAGCACUGCAUGGAAGGUUUGCAGGAUCUGCGCCGUGAGGCGAUGAAACAGCAACAGGAAUUAAACUCGGCGAUUACAAAGAUUGGGGCGCGCAUUGUCCUUCAGCCCUGUCCUGAUUGUGCACAGAAAACGGCGAACAAGCCAGAAAUGGCUGAUAAGAGCUUAGAGACCGAGGAGAGCCUGAGCAACGAACCCAAAAAAUAUCACAGCGUGAGCAAUAUUAACAUCGAGCACGAAAUAUUAAAUGAUCGGCUGUCAACAGAAACUGUUCUGCCAGACCAUCGGCUUAGUAUAAUACAAGAUAAAAUGAAUGCUGAUUCUAUCGAUAAAACAUGCCCUAUGUGCGGAAAGCUGUACUCUAGCCAAGUUUCUUUUAAGGCUUUCCAAGAACAUGUGGAGAUGCACUUUAUUGAUGAGCCGUUGGAAGCGGAAGCGAGCAUAGAUCGCCAAUUCGAAUUCAUUUCACAUGCCGUUGGUGAUUUUUGACAAAUUAUGCCGAUAUUUGAUCUACUCGGCUAAGAUGAAUAGAUGUAUGAUAUGUAAGAAAGUUGUAUCUUAAUAUAAAAUUAUUAAUAAGAACCGUUAGGAAAUAAGAAAAAAAAUGUUGAGCCAAAUCAACUACAUCAACAGUAAUUGAUGAAUUAUGCAUAUUUAGAUAUACAAGUAUUGGUACCCUCAUCUUUGAACUUUCUACGGACCUAAAAUCAAAAGUAAAAAGCUUUCGUCAAUGCCAAAAAUUUCCAUAAGAAUUGGAGAUAUACCGUAAUGAAAGAAACUGAAUAGAGUUCAAAGAACAACUUAAUUUUACAUAUAAAAUUGGCAAUAAACAUAUGUUUUAUU